AUCCAAACACCAUAGCACCAAACGCACCGUUUUCUACUCUCGCAUCGUCAAAAGUUUGCCCCAAAUUUCGCCGGAAUCCAAACACUAGAGCCCAGCGACUUGUGAUUCUUAUUUAAAUCCUGGUGCUGGUGGGAAACCAAGGAAUUAAAAUCGUUAAAAGGAAAAGGAAAUUGAUUUUUUUUUUUUCUUAAAUUCUAUUUCAGAACAUAACUUGCUAUAUUAGCUUAAGAACAAGUCAAUCCAGGGAGAGAACGCAAAUCUUUGAUCUUCUCCUUUGUUAAGGCUGCCCGAUGGCGGAGAAGCAGCUUAUAGUGGCCGUUGAAGGCUCCGCGGCCAUGGGCCCCUUCUGGCAGACCAUCCUUUCGGAGUACCUUGAAAAGAUGAUCAGGUCUUUUUGUGGUAGUGACUUGACUGGGCAGAAACCUUCACCUUCUAAUGCCGAGCUCUCACUGGUAACGUUUUAUUCCCAUGGAUCUUAUUGUGCUUGCUUAGUGCAACGAAGUGGCUGGACAAGAGAUGUUGACAUAUUUUUACAAUGGUUAUCGGCUAUUCCUUUUGCUGGUGGUGGCUUCAACGAUGCUGCAAUUGCAGAAGGUCUUUCUGAAGCUUUAAUGAUGUUUCCUUGUACUCAAAAUGGAAGCCAAGCUCAACAAAAUAUAGAAGGACAAAGGCAUUGUGUUCUUAUUGCGGCAAGUAACCCCCAUCCCUUGCCGACACCAGUCUAUCGACCACAAAUACAAAAUUUGGAGCAGAGUGAAAAUAUUGAUCCACAAACUGAAAGUCGUCUAUCUGAUGCAGAGACUGUUGCAAAAUCUUUUCCCCAGUGCUCAGUAUCUCUGUCUGUUAUUUGUCCAAAACAACUGCCAAAAAUUAGAGCUAUCUACACUGCGGGAAAGCGCAACAUCCGAGCAGCGGAUCCAGCAGUUGACAAUGUUAAAAAUCCUCAUUUUCUCGUUCUAAUAUCUGAGAAUUUCAUGGAGGCUCGUGCUUCUUUAAGUCGUCCUGGAGUUGCAAAUCUACCUUCUAAUCAGAGUCCUGUAAAAUUGGAUGUUGCUUCAGUUGCUUCUGCUGCAGGUCCAGCGCCAUCUUCAAUACCAUCAGUGAAUGGAUCUAUCAUGAACCGGCCACCAAUGUCUGUUGGAACUGUUCCCACUGCAACUGUUAAAGUUGAACCAACCACUGUAACUUCCAUGGCACCUGGACCUGCUUUUCCACAUAUUACAUCUGUGCGUCCUGCUUCUCAACCAGUUCCUAGUUUGCAGACAUCUUCACCUCCUACAACUACUCAAGAGAUGAUUGCAAGCGGUGAAAAUGUGCCAGACUUAAAACCGAGUGUCAGUGGGAUGCAACAAUCUGUACGUCCUGUGCCUCCUGGUACAGCAAAUGUUAGUAUACUGAAUAAUCUUUCUCAAGCACGCCAAGUGAUGAACUCUGCUGCACUAACUGGGGGAACUACGAUUGGUCUUCAAUCAGUGACUCAAACUCCUGUAGCCAUGCAUAUGUCAAAUAUGAUAUCCAGUGGAAUGGCUUCAUCUGUGCCUGCUGCUCAAAAUGUAUUUUCAUCUGGACAACCUGGUAUUACUUCAAUAGCGGGAUCAGGAACUACACAAGUUGCAGCAAACUCUGGUCUUGGUUCUUUUACUUCUGCGACUUCUAACAUAUCCGGAAACUCAAAUCUUGGAAUUUCACAACCAAUCAGUAACCUUCAAGGAGGUGUUAGCAUGGGUCCAUCAGUACCGGGCAUGAGCCAAGGAAGUCUUUCAGGAGCUCAAAUGGUGCAAAGUGGAAUUGGCAUGAAUCAAAAUAUGAUGAGCGGUCUUGGUCCAUCAGGUGUUUCUUCUGGGAGCAGCACCAUGAUCCCAACUCCAGGAAUCCCUCAACAAGCACAAAGUGGGAUGCAGUCUCUUGGUGUGAAUAACAACUCAGCAGCUAACAUGCCAUUGUCACAGCAGACAACAAGUGCUUUGCAAUCAGCACAAUCGAAGUAUGUCAAAGUCUGGGAGGGAAAUUUGUCUGGGCAGCGACAAGGACAGCCUGUCUUUAUCACGAGAUUGGAAGGUUACAGGAGUGCUUCUGCUUCUGAGACGCUUGCAGCAAACUGGCCACCAACAAUGCAAAUAGUUCGGCUUAUAUCUCAGGACCACAUGAAUAACAAGCAGUAUGUUGGGAAGGCUGAUUUUCUAGUAUUCCGGGCAAUGAAUCAGCAUGGAUUUCUUGGACAACUGCAAGAAAAGAAGCUUUGUGCAGUCAUCCAAUUGCCAUCACAGACGUUACUGCUUUCUGUUUCGGACAAAGCCUGCCGCUUGAUAGGGAUGCUCUUUCCUGGGGAUAUGGUUGUUUUUAAGCCUCAAAUAUCCAGUCAGCAGCAACAAAUGCAACAGCAGCAUCACCAGCAGAUGCAACCACAGCAGCAUCCACAGUUACAACAGCAACAACUUCCACAGCUUCAACAGCAACAACUUCCACAGCUGCAACAGCAGCAACAACUCCCACAGCUGCAACAGCAGCAGCAACUCCCACAGAUGCAACAUCAGCAACAGCAUCCCCAGUUGCAGCAACAACAACAACUCUCACAGCUUCAGCAACAACAACAGCUUCAACAGCAACAGCCACAGCAGCUUCCCCAGUUGCAGCAGCAGCAACAGCAGUUGCAGCAGCAACUUCCACAGCAGCAACAAAUGGUUGGGACAGGAAUGGGUCAAGCAUAUGUUCAGGGUCCGGGCCGGUCACAAUUAGUCUCUCAGGGACCAGUUUCAUCACAAGGGCCGACAAACAUGCCUGGAGGUGGCUUUAUGAGUUGAAAAGAACAAUUAAUUAGGAAUAUAAUGCAUCAGUGCAACAACUAAAGAAAAAGAAAAACUACAAGGAGCAAUUAUAUUGACCUGUUGAGUCACUUGGACUAGUAAUUUUAUCAACAGGGUUUAAAAUCUAUUUAUGAUUAAUAUGUAAAAUAAUGAUAUUAUCGAAUCUGGCCUCACUACUUAUACCAGCAGACACCCAGUGCAUGAUCAGCGUCCGUCUAUUGUUGAGCUGUGUGGUCUCUAGCUUACCAUAAAUAAAAUGGUCUAUAACAUUUUUAUUUAA